UAGAUCUUUUGUGUCUGCGUUCUCUGGGGUUUAUCAGAGGUGCUGGGUGAAGUGGGAGAGUAGGGGAGGAGGGUCAGCAGAGGAACUUCACAGGGCGGUCACAUAAAAACUGCCUGGAGAACUGGAUGCGGGAUCAGACGGUGAUGUCCUCCGUGCUCGACUAUUCCUGGAGCUACAGAGAUCCGCGUUCGCAUGGGACUCAGUUGGUUUCUUCAACGUGAUGCGGAACUAAUGAUCUAAAAAUUCGCUUGAGGAUUGGACUUUUGCUGUGUGAGGUGUACUCCUUUGAAAACUCCGUUUUACCGUCUUCUCAUCCAGGAAUACCGUGCGCAUCUCUACCAAUGGAAAGGAAUCUCACCGCAGUUCUUAAACAGCCUUCCAGGACCACGUAACAUUCACUCGAGGAACUCGUCCAGCAUCAGCUCUCGACAAACAUGGACUGUUUUCCCAUGCUUUAUUUUCUGUCGAGACAUCAUGAUUCCUGGUAAUCGAAUGCUGAUGGUCAUUUUAUUAUGCCAAGUCCUACUGGGAGAGAGCAGCUAUGCUAGUCUAAUACCCGAGGAAGGGAAGAAGAAAGCGUCGGCUCAGCACCUGGGUCAGAGUCAUGAACUGCUGCGGGACUUUGAAGCCACGCUGCUGCACAUGUUUGGGCUGCAGAGGCGACCGCGACCCAGCUACUCGGCUGUGGUGCCCCAGUAUCUGCUGGACCUGUAUCGCCUGCAGUCAGGGGAGGCCGAAGAGACCGGGGCCCACGACGUGAGCUUCGAUUAUCCCGAAAGGUCCACGAGUCGAGCAAACACUGUGAGAGGCUUCCAUCAUGAAGAGCACAUGGAAGAGCUGCAGUCAGACGGCUCACCGGAGACUCCUCUGCGCUUCGUCUUCAAUCUCAGCAGCAUCCCAGAGGAGGAACUCAUUUCUACCGCAGAGCUUCGUAUCUACAGGCAACAGAUAGAUGAUGCAAUCUCAGAUCCCCAACCCACGGGAGACGACAGUCUACACCGGAUAAACAUAUACGAGGUGCUGAAGCCCCCGCGGGCCGGGCAGCUCAUCACGCAGCUGCUGGACACUCGACUGGUGCGCCACAACACGACCCGGUGGGAGAGCUUUGACGUGAGUCCGGCCGUGCUGCGCUGGACCCGUGACAAGAGCUCCAAUCACGGCCUGGCUGUGGAGGUGGUGCCCCUGAACCGAACCUCGCGUCACCAGGGACGCCACGUACGCGUCAGUCGCUCCUUGCAUCCGCUUCCAGACACAGACUGGAGCCAGCUUCGCCCCCUGCUGGUCACGUUCGGGCACGACGGCAAAAGUCACCCAUUGACACGGCGAGCGAAGCGCAGCCCGAAGCAAAGAGGUCGCAAGCGCAACCGAAACUGUCGGCGGCACGCGCUCUAUGUGGACUUCAGCGACGUGGGCUGGAACGACUGGAUCGUGGCGCCGCCCGGAUAUCAGGCGUACUACUGUCACGGGGAGUGUCCGUUCCCUUUGGCUGAUCACCUGAACUCCACCAAUCACGCUAUUGUGCAGACACUGGUGAACUCGGUAAACACCAAUAUUCCCAAGGCCUGCUGCGUUCCCACAGAGCUCAGUGCAAUCUCCAUGCUCUAUCUGGACGAGACGGACCGGGUGGUGCUGAAAAACUAUCAGGAGAUGGUGGUGGAGGGAUGUGGCUGCCGCUGACCGGGCCACAGUUACACCCUGGACACUUAUUUAUAACAUCCGUGUUGAGAUGUGUGUUUCUUGUCUCCUCGAUCAUAUAUUUUGACAAAAUAGUUUAUAUAUAUAAAUAUAUAUUUAUAUCAACAUAAUUAAAAAAAAUAAAAGCGUCCUUAUUUUAAUUAUAAUUCAGCUGUACAGCUUUUCAUAAUGUAUAUCAGACUGUAUAAGGGUUUUUCUAUGAGCUAGAAGAAUUAGCCACUAAAAAGUUUAUUUACUGGUAGUAUUUAUUUUUUUAAUACAAUAUACAUACACGAAAUGCGUAGCCAGGCGACCCCCUCAGAAUGCAUCAUUUGUGUACUUAAAACAGAGCACUGUGUGAAAUGCUAGGAAACCUGAUUGUCUUGCUUGAAGAGAUCAGAUGAGUAUUGAGGUGAGAUAAAUGUUCUGCAUCAGCAUGUGAUUUACAUGUUCCCAAAAUAACUUUGUUGUUAAAUAAAUUGUGAAACAUUCCAUCAA